CUGCUCUGGGGCCAGAGAGUGACUCUUGGGGAGAGGCCCCGCCUCCUUUCCGUGCCUGUUCCUGCUACCUGUUGUUCAGGGCUCAGCCACAUCAGCAGGAUCAAACUCAGAACCCACUUCCUCAAUGGCCUUCCCCGCUUUCCCACCCAGAACUCCGCUUGUACUUCGGCCCUCUCUACCCAGUAGGCCUGGUCCUGCAGACACCGAAGCCCUCCUUGAGCAAAACGGGGAUGAUGUGAACAGAUUCAGCUGAUGGAACAGAUUAAAAGGGUCAAUAAACUGUUUACGAAUGACUGCAUAUUUCUGAAGAAAACAUUGAGCAUCCCGGUUAUAUCAGAGAAGCCCUUAUUGUUCCAUGGACUGAACUCACCUGAUUCUCCAGAAAAUGAAGCUGGGGACAGUGGAUUUCCUCCCGGGGAGCAGCUGGUGGUGGCGGGGGACGAGCUCCCUCCAACCAGCCCCCAGGUCCCAGCGCCACAGGCCGUGCAGCCUGAGGAGGUGUCAGCCAGGGACUUCCUGGACAGGCUGGACCUGCAGAUCAAGCUGUCCACGCAGGCAGCCCAGCGGCUGAAGCAGGAGAGCAGGGAUGAAGAAAGUCCCUAUGCGACCUCCCUUUACCACAGUUAGGCGGCUGGGCUUACUGCUGACCCGCCCUGGGAGGCGGCCGGACCCUAGCGGAUCCGAAGCCGAAGACCCAGGCGAGCUUUGCGAUUCCGGCAGCGCCGCCGCAGAGUUGUGCCGAAGCAGCCCGCUCCCCUCCCGGCUUCCUGAGUUCAAGUCUGGCUGCGGCAUGGCGGCGACAGUGUGCCACAGCUCACCGCUCGUGUAGGUGGCGGCCGCUCUCAGCCUUGCUGUUCUACCCCAGUUUCGUGAAAACCCUGGUGGCUGGUUGAGGUGUGCUGAGUUGCUGUGUGUUUCUAACAAAUGCUAUAUAGAAAUUAUAUUUCACUAUGUAUUACACAUUCCGUGUUCAUGGAAGAAGCAAAUUUUGUCUGCUAUUUUGUAAAACUUAACUACAAAUUCUGAAUGAAAAAAUAAACUAUGUU